UUCGAGAAGCUCCUCUUAAAUAACAAUCAAAUUACAAUAAUAAAAAUCCCAUAUUUUAAUUAACCACCAAAUUAUCCCUUUACCACCAAUAAAUACCCAUCACUAAUCACACACUUUUUUUUUCAACCAAAACCAACUCAAAGAAAAAAAAAAACCAAAACCAAACAUGGCCAAGGGUCGUACAAUCGGAAUUGCAAUGGAUUACUCAACAACCAGCAAAAUAGCAUUGAAAUGGGCGAUCGACAACCUCAUAUCCACAGGCGACACCGUUGUCUUCCUCCUUGUGUUGUCGCCGAAGUCUGAUCCGGUCAACAAGCAGCUGUUUGCGGACACGGGAUCACCUUUGAUACCGUUGGUGGAGUUCAAAGAGGUUGGUGUGUGUAGGAAGUAUGGUAUUACUCCUGAUUCUGAGCUUUUUGACAUGCUUGAUUGUGUUUCAGUCGGUAAAAAGGCUAAUGUGGUGGCGAAGGUUUACUGGGGAGAUCCGAGGGAGAAGUUGUGUGAAGCUGUAAAUCAUCUAAAACUUGAUGCUAUGGUUCUUGGCAGCAGAGGUCUCGGUACCAUAAAAAGGGUGUUGCUUGGGAGUGUAAGCAGCCAUGUGGUGCAGAACGCAACCUGUCCAGUCACUGUUGUGAAGUAGACAUUACAACAUUCGUCAUCUGCAUUUGCUGCUUGUUUUUUUCUGCAUCAAACAUGAGGCCCACAGUUGAGAAUGGUUGGAUAUGUGUACAAAUUGCUUGCUUUUUUUUUUUUAGAAAAACUAUUUUGUUUAUGUGUUUUCUUUUGGAUUGAUGUGUCAUCUUGAUGGAUUUAUGCUAUUUCAUGGUUUUAUGGGUUGCUACUCCA